UGCUAGCUAGACGAGAAGUCGGGUUUUUUCCCCUCCAUAAAGGCGCGAGUUUGCAAGACGCUGUCGGGCUAGAAACCUGGUGAAAUCGCGAGCCUGGGAAUCUCCUCCGGAGGCGACCAAAAACAGCUACGCUAAAGGAGUAGAAAACGUUUCCAGGAGCUUUGGGAGCACAUAAAAUGGCGCGCGCGGGGUGCGGAUUUUUUUUUUUUUAGGAUGGAAACUGCCACCCACGUGACACUGCCGCGCGAAGGCUGACCUAAUUUUCUGGAACCUUCGCAGUGCUGUAAUUCAUAUUUGCUGUAAGCCGCCCUGGGAGUAUCUGGCGAAGGGCAGGGAGGAAUUCCACUUAACUUCCAGAAACACUCCCCCAUCCCCUCUGGCCUCUUCUUUAGAUGAUGGUUUUGAAGAACAGACCAAUUGUUGAGUACCCUGGAAGUUGCUAUUGAAAUAUUGGCAGGACCAACCUUUUAAUAUCGUUUGCCAGGUGGGGCAGGCAGCCCAAGACCAGGACAAUUUCUCAAGCUGUCAGCAGGCACAUAGCUGUGAGAUUUGGGUUUCCUAAAAGUGAAGAGCAGAUAUGGAGAAAGCUUCAGACGGCUCGGGCAAAGUCCCCCAAAUUGUACAGGUUAUGUAUUUUAAAGGGCCCCAAAGGCCUGCUUCUCAGCCGCCUGAAACUGGGCUGCCCCAGCAACAGGAAGCUCAGUGGCAAGAAUUCCUGAAUGCACUGCAGCCGCCUCAUGCGGGAAGGGCAAAUUCGUUGCCCACGGAGCAGGUGCCAUGGGACGAUGCCAGGACAUUCCUCUCCGCCUUUGAGCAAGUUGCCGAAGCCUGCCGGUGGCCGCGAGAAGAGUGGGUGGGCCGCCUCCUGCCGGCGCUGAGAGGCGGCAUGGAACAGUUCUUCUGCCAGCUGGAUCCCAGGGACAGGACUGACUUCCUGAAGGUGAAGAUUGCCCUCCUUCGAGCAGACGCCAUCCGCAGGGAGUCUAAGCGCCAGCACUUCCGACAGUGCCGCUACCAGGAGCUGGAAGGGCCGCGAAGAAUUUACAACCAGCUGAAAGAACUCUGUCGGCAAUGGUUGAAGCCGGACAAGUACACGAAGGAUCAGAUCCUGGAGAUGAUAAUUCAGGAGCAGCUCCUGGCCAUGUUGCCACCUGAAGUCCAGAGCUGGGUGAAGGAGUGUGGGCCGGAAGACUGUAUUGAGAUGGUGGCUCUGGCAGAGGAUUUCCUGAUGGGGCGCCGCUCUGCCAGGGCAUGGGUCAGGCAGGUGCCAGCCACAAACUCCCGGGAGGCAGAGGUGGCUCUGCCAGAUGCCGCUCAAAGACAGCUCUACGCGGGGGUCAGCCCGAAUGUCAUGUCUGCAGUGGCCAAUGAAAUGGCACCCAUGAGGAACUCUGCUAUGGUAGUACCUCCUGUAUUAACUCCUGACGGACAGGGAAUGACUGGUGUUAGGCCAACUGAGGAGCCUGAGGAUGUGAAGAAUGUGCUACCUCUCCAGAAUCCUCUGCACUUAGCAGCAAUGCAGGAGAACGGCAGUAACGCCAGUGUUUCUGAGGGCCUGUUUCCCGCACCUGAGAUGAACCCUCUACCUCAACAUCAGGAAUCCAUUUUCCCCCAGCAAAUGGACUAUGGGGCCACUAUUCUGGACAGUCUCUUGAGCGAUAGACUUCGGACCGGGAUCAAAAUGGAGAAUUCUGAUGAUGAUUUGGAGACGGAAUUCAGCUUUGAGGGCUUACCAGAUGAACCUGCAGAGGGUGAUUCGAAUACCGAAGUUUCUGACCCGAGUCCUGAGGGGAAAGAAGAUGAGCAGACGGGGAAAGGCGGUAAACGGAAGAGGAAAUGUGUGAGGAGGAAAGGUAGAUAUUACCCCAAGGAGAAAAAGCACAUUUGUCCCGAGUGUGGGCACCUGUCCUAUUACCUUUCGGAUAUGAUUAGACACAUAAAAACCCACUUGACGAAAGGGGCCUACAAGUGCCUAGAGUGUGGGAUGACCUACAAAGAGAAAUCAUCUCUGGAGGCUCACCAGCAAGUCCACAUGGCCCAAGGUGAUGCCAGCAGCAGCCAAAGUUAUGGGGCAACGACCUCAAGUGCCCCGAUGCGUAAAGAGCACACGUGCCCCACGUGUGGACAGGUCGAAACUACACCAGAGUGUCUCUUUGAGCAUAUGAUAGCCCACCUGGAGGCAAGGCCUUUCAAGUGUCCCGAAUGUGAAAAAACCUUCCGGUAUAAGUCGCAUCUUGCUCUUCACCAGGAGACGCUACACUCUCAGCAAAAAAAUGUUACGGAUUACCGCAGGAUGCCCAGAGUCGCCCCUGGGCUGAGCACGGCUGAAAACUCUCCUCUGCUGCUGCAGCCCCUGUCUACUGCUUUGACGAGCGCCGAGACCUAUGGCGCUAGCUCCCCUUCAAAGCUGCUCUUGAGCCAUCCCGAAGGAGAAGGAGUGCCUCUUUCUCGCUAUGGGACAAAAACAGUGAAGGUGGUGCUGACCAAGUUUGCCAAGCUCUGCAAUGGGAGGAAGCACACCUGCCCCGAAUGUGGGUUUGUCUCUGAAAGCUUAGCGGGCAUCAUUCAACACAGGAGAGUGCACACGGGGGAGGUGCCCUACAAAUGCAACAAAUGUGGGAAAUGCUUCGAGUCAUCGUCACACCUCGAGAAACACUGCAGCAGAAAUACAUGCCAGCAAAACAGCCUUACUCCGGAUGCCCCUCUCGAAGACGGUCAGGUGUCAUACGAAGGUGUUGAGGACCCUCUGCCCACAAUUAAAAUGGAGGAAGAAGAGUUUGAGAUAUCCCCAGGUCUUACAUUGAGUUAUGAACCUGCUUUGAGUGAACGCCCGGGAGAAGGCAGUUUGUCUGCGUUAGCUGCCAUGGCAAGUUCAGCUAACUUUCAGAAAAAGCAACACACUUGCCCACAAUGUGGAUACAAGGCUAGGAGUUUAACAGACCUUGUUUCCCAUAUGAGGAAACAUACUGGAGAAAAGCCCUACAUGUGCUCUCGUUGUGGAAAAAGCUUUGCAUGGCAAACAAGCCUUAGGAAACACACGAGAUAUCUUUCCUGCUUAGCAAAAAAGCCUGUUCCUGACACCUCUGUUUCCAAUACCCCUUUGGUUCCCCAGAUUCCUGUGGCGGAAUGUGACGUAACACUUGGCGAUGAGGAGGAGUUAAUUAACAUCCUAGAGAAGAAAUCUCAGAAAAAAGGAGUGAAAGUGCAAGAACUCCCCAGAAAACCUUCGGGGGGCGGUUCUCUGGCUCAACGUCAGCAAGAAUCGACUCACAACCGGGAAACUAGGGCUGCCAAGAGGAGCAGGUAUCUAUGGAUGGAAAAGAACAUCCAGUGUCCUGAAUGUGGGCACAAAUCCUACUAUAUCUCCGACCUGAUGAGACACCAGAAAAGCCACGGAGGCGAGAAGCCCUACAAGUGCCCUGAAUGCUGGAGAGCUUUCUCUGACCCUUCUGCCUGCAGCAAACACUACAAGACAGUCCACCAGCCUGACAGUCGUUCUGGCGGCAGGAAGAAUCCCGCCAACAGAGCACGGAGCCUUCAGAAGGAGAAGAAGCACACGUGCGGCAAAUGUGGGCACGAAACCUACAAAUUGUCAACCCAUCUUAUCCAUAUGAAAAGCCACGUGGGUGACGGACCUUUUCCCUGUGACAAGUGCGGGCUAAACUUCACUUACAAAUCGAAUCUUUCCCGGCACAAAAAGUCCCACGAGGAAGAUCUCUCCAAUGCCAGAAAGAGCUCUCUCCCUGUACACCAGCAAGUUGCUACAGGCAACACUGUGACAGUGGAACUGAAACCUCUGAAAGUGCCGGUACUGAGCCACAUGAACGAUGCCAAGCUGGCUGAGCUCCGGGGACGAUGGGGCCUUUGUAAACAGGAAAGGGGAGAAAAAGCAGAAGAGCCUGUGGCCUCCGCCGAGGGUGCUUCCACUGUUGAGGAUGCUUCCACUGCCGAGGGCGAUUCUGCUGAGGGUGCCUCCACUGAGGACGCAAAGAGUGACUCGGCCAAGGACGCCGAGGCUGAGGCUGCGGAACUUGAGCUAGCAGAGAUUAAAGCGAAAGUCCGUGCGAGGCUGGAAAGGUUUGCAUAUUCCAAAGGCGGGGAGACAAAUCCCUGCCCGCCAGAGCCAGACACCAGCCAGACUGGCCCGGUGGAAGAGAAGCCACCACCUCCCGAAAGUUCUGCAAGCGAGAAAUCCUCUGAGGGUGAGCCUGCCGCCUCAGCUGACCAACAGAGCACCGACACAGGGGAUGGGCCCCACGAAUGCGAGGAUUGUGGGGAGUCCUUCAUGUGGAGGGACAAGCUGCUCUGCCACCAGGCCAUGCACACGGAGACAAAACCGUACCUCUGCUCCAUGUGUGGGCAGGAUUUCAUUCGGAAAGAUUCCUUGGAAGCCCACGAGAAGACACACGGCUUUGAGUGCAGCAAGCGCUUUGAGGAAGCCUCAUAGGGCAGGAUUGGUUAUCAAGGAUGAUGCUGAAUUGUUAGCUGAGGAGAGGAGAUGGGAAAUAGCGGCACAGCCGCAAAGGAAAGACUUAGGACCCAUCUCCAGCCCAGUUCAGACAGUUUUAUAGACUUGCCCUGAGUUGUCCCACUGCAGCAAGUUUGGGGCAGUGGCCUUCCAGAUGUUGAGGGAUUUCCCAAACCUCUUGCCAUUGACCAUGUCAGCUGCAUGGACUGAUGAGAAAUGGAGUUCAGCGACACCUGGAGGGCCACAGGUCCCCCCACUUGAGAACUAUCCUGUCUUAAAAAGGCUUAACUUGGAAGCAAGUUCCGUUGGGUGCUGGUCUCCUCCGUUGGUAAGUGUGUACUUAGGGUGCAGCCCUGUGCAUGGUUCACGUUGUACUGCACUGGGCUUCUCUCUUGGUCAAGAAGUCUUGGUCACACCAUCACAAGCAUUGAAGUCUGUUUUGCAGUUGUUACUCUUUCAAAGUCUGAAAAGGCAGUGGCACAGGAAACAGAAGGUGUCAACAACUUUAUACAGCAAUCCCACCCCUUUGCGGAACAGGCGUGGUGGUGAUUGAGCAUUCAAAGGAGGCCACUAACUUUUUUUACUGGCCCCUGCUCCUCUGCCUUCAAUGUCUGUUGAUAUUCUCAGGUUACAGAUCUGACCUCUUCCAUGCUGCUGGGUUGUUGUUGUUUUUUGGCACAUGGUGGUGGCUUAACGGCCCAAGAUCAAGCCAGGCUGUGUAUGUUUUGACCAGUUUGCAACCUGAACUCAGACUUCUGCCCUUGUAAUGUAAUAUACCUCCAUCUCUUCCUACCGCUUUCAGAGUUUCCGAAUCUUGUCUCAUGAUUUUUUAUUAUCAUCUUUUAAUUCAUUUUUUAAAAAAAAACAAUUUAGGCAAGAGCCCUGGCUAGUUUGGAUACUAUAAUUCAGUAGACUUUAGACAUGAAAACAUGACCAUCCUUUUAGCUUGGCAUUCUGUUUCAUGCACCAACCCACUGUUUUUAGAAAGCCCUUAAGCAGGAUGAUUUCCCUGCUAGCAUCUGUUAUCCGGAGGUUUCCUGGGGUUCUAUUUCACUUGCCUUGCUGACAGUCCUGAAUAAGGGUGUCUUAGAAAUAUUGAGUGGUGGUUGGGAAAUAAGUGAUGAUUGGGAAGGGGAAGUUUUGUAUAAUUUUGUUUGUCUUGGUGCUGUUGGGAAGCAAAAGUGCACCGGAGAUGAGAAAGUAACAACCUUAGAAGUAUAACUUACCUGAGAAAAGUAAUAUUUGUUCUAGAAUGCAAACUAAAAGUUGUAAAUAUUUUUAGAGCUGUGGCGUCAUGUUGUUUGUAUAAAUUUGUGGCAGCUGCAGAGGAGUUUGUGGACAUGAAUUCUCAUAAUCAAUAAAGAAUUUUUCAAUUUUAAA